CCCCCCCCAACCCGGCGGCGCUCGGGGGGGAGCGGCAGCGCUCGGGGCUGCUCGGGUGGGCUCGGCCCCGCUCCCCCCCCACAUCGUCCUCGCAUGGAGGACGCCGACUCGGCGGCCAAGCGGUUGGGGUUAGCGGAGGCGGUGGCGGCCGCGGUGGCGGCGGCGGCGGCAGAACCCGAAAGGCAGCAACCGCAAAGCUCGGAGGGGAAGGCGGAACGGAGGGAGGAGGUGACGGCCGUGACCGUGAUGGCGGCGGACGCCGAACACAUGGAGAUGGGCGCCGAGCCGCUGCCCAGCGCCGACGAGGCCGCCGCGUUCGCAGAAGUCACCACAGUGACAGUGGCCAACGUUGGCUCCUCUGCAGACAACGUGUUCACCACCUCCGUGGCAAACGCAGCGUCCAUUUCGGGACACGUGCUGUCUGGGAGAACAGCCCUCCAAAUCGGGGACAGCUUGAACACUGAGAAAGCUACUCUUAUAGUGGUUCACACCGAUGGCAGCAUUGUGGAAACCACAGGCCUGAAGGGGCCAUCAGCACCUCUGACACCAGGUCCGCAGUCUCCUCCUACCCCUUUAGCAACUGUGCAAGAGAAAACUGGAACCAAGUACAACUGGGACCCAUCAGUGUAUGACAACGAGCUCCCGGUGAGGUGCCGGAACAUCAGUGGGAUUCUGUACAAAAACAGACUCGGCUCAGGAGGCCGUGGUAGGUGCAUUAAGCAAGGGGACAGCUGGUACAGCCCCACUGAAUUUGAAGCUAUGGCAGGACGAGCUAGCAGCAAAGACUGGAAGAGGAGCAUCCGCUAUGCUGGGAGGCCCUUGCAGUGCCUUAUUCAUGAUGGGAUUUUAAAUCCUCACGCUGCCUCUUGUACUUGCGCUGCCUGCUGUGAUGACAUGACUCUGAGUGGACCUAUUCGACUCUUUGUUCCAUAUAAACGACGGAAAAAAGAAAAUGAAAUGUCUGCAAAUCCAGUCAAGAAGGAAUCCUCCAAAAACAUCACUCUGCUUCCUGCCACAGCUGCUACUACGUUCACCGUGACUCCUUCUGGACAGAUCACUACCUCUGGUGCUCUCACCUUUGACCGCACGUCGACAGUGGAAGCCACAGCAAUUAUCUCCGAAAGUCCAGCCCAGGGGGAUGUUUUCACAGGAGCCACUGUUCAGGAUACCAAUGUCCAGCAGCCGUGCCGGGUCACUCACCCAGAGCCUCACUACCCAACUUACCAGGACAACUGUCAGAUUUCACCUUUCCCUGAAGCUGCGUUGCCAACAUCUCAUCCCAAAAUCGUGUUGACCCCAAUCCCUGCCCUAUCGGUGCCCCCGCAGACCCCCACCAAAGCCAUAUCCCCAACAGUGGUGAACGGGCUGGAAGUGACAGAACCGCGGAGCUGGCUCUACUUGGAAGAGAUGGUCAACUCACUGCUCAACACGGCGCAGCAGCUCAAGUCUCUCAUUGAGCAGGCCAAGCAGGCCAGCUCCUCCUUCUGUGAGGCUGCUGUCACGCCAGCCAAGAUUCAAGCUGAUGUGGAAAGGAAAGAGCAGUAUCAGAACCAGUUAUUUCAGCAAACAGAAGAUGUGGAUGGGAAAACAGAAAUCAUCAUCAAGCAGUCGUGUGUCAACUGUGGCCGGGAGGCAAUGAAUGAGUGCACAGGAUGCCACAAAGUCAACUACUGCUCCACUUUCUGUCAGCGGAAGGACUGGAAGGAGCACCAGCACAUCUGUGGUGAGGCCAAUGCGGUGACGGUACAGGCUGACGAUGUGCAUGUUGCGGACAAUGUGAUGGAGAAAGUCUCUGUCUGAACACACCUACCUCUGACCCCAUGGCAGCUCGGUGCAGCCGGCUGGAUCGGCGGCCUGAUGUGAACGGUCUGUCCUCAUUUCUCAAAGACUUUUUCAUACUGUGAUGACAGUGUUUGCCCACUUCCAGUCCUACUGCAAACCUCUGGGUAACGCGGAGACUGAGAAAUCUGGAUCUGGAGGAGGCAAACUGCAGCCUCCCAUCCGGGAGCCUCCUCCAGCUCGAGGAAGCUUAGAUUUUGCCAGACUGAAAUCUCCACUGUGUGGAUAACAACCUCAUUGUCUCUCUUGAGAUGGAUUAAGAACAGUUGCUGCAAUUAGAUUUGCUGUUGUUCUGUUUUCCCCAUGCCUCCCUACCUCUUGUUUGAACAAAGGAAUGAUCCCUCAUCUGGUUUAUUUAAUUGCCUUGAAAAAGUACAAACUCUUAAUUUGCCUUUGGAAGGACUUUUGUUUUCUUUUGAUCUUCUGUGUUCCCUCUGUGCUGGGGACAUUUGAAACACAUCGGAGCUUCUGCACUUGAAUACAAAUGAAAAAUCACAUCUUGUUCAAUAAAACGUGAUGAAAGUACGGUGUAA